AUGCGCAAUCUGGCAUGGCUGCUUCCGGCACCCUUCGUCUUCACCCUGGCAAGUGCCCAGGGGCAGAGGCCGCAGAAAAUGGAAGCACCUAAAUGGCUGGAUGAUGAUGGAAAGGAUCUCUUCAACGACAUAGAAAAUGAUGAGAACCCACACAGUGAUGCAGCUUGCGAAAGCCGCGAGAAGCUGCUGAAAGCAAUGGCUGGGAAAGGCGACUCCAGCGCCUCCAGCUAUCGAGCUCGCACUCUCCUAGGCUGCGGCCUCUGCGAGCUGAAGAAGGCGAACUGGAUGAUGGCGAAAAGGCGUUUGGAGAGCGCGAUCUCCGAGAUGAAUGUGCCAAGUGAGGAGAUGAUGUUGAAGAAUCCCGACCUGGCGCCGAUUGCUCUCACGAAGCAAGCGGCAGACUUCAUGAAGAAGUUUGAGCUCACGCAGGCAGGAACCCAGCUGCGGCGAUGCCGCGAAGUCCUGGAAAGGAACGUGAAGACGGUGCUGAAGAGAGUCCAUCAGCAGAUGAGCCAAAGUGGCCAGGCCGUUCCUUUGGAAAAGUUCGUGGAAGAGAUCCCAGGCCUUGGGAAGACAGGGCAGUUCCUUCCGUCUUUGAUGACGCAAGUCCCUGGACUCCGCGAGGUUUUCGGCUUCAUGGAGGUCGUCGAGAGCUGCCUUGACUCACUCGAUGCCCAAGUCGCGGGCAUUGAUCCGAUGCAGAAGUCCAAGAAGCUCCGGCUGGAUGUCAGCAAGGCCAAGAGCAAGGGUGGCAGCAUGAUGUAUGUUCGUGCCCUCUUCAUGCAGCCUGUUGUGCCAUUCGAGCAGCUCGCCGUCGCCAAGGAGUUGGUGGACUCGGGUGCGGCAAAGGCCAUUUCUGGCCUGGCAGCCAGCCAGGCAGCUUCGCUGAUCAAGCGAACGAAGACUGGCUCAGGGUGCAAGGAGGAGCUCAGCAAGGUCUGCGAGAAGCUCUCGAAGAUUGCGGACAUCCAAUCGAACGGUUUCGGCGAAACGCGCCUCCUCGUCCUCAAGGAAGGCAAGAAGCAGUCUUUGGAUGCAUGCACGACGAACGCGAACGUGGGCAUUCUGGUGGCGGCGAAGGAUGGUGCUCGCCUCACCGUCGCCGGACAGCCCACGCCGCUGAGAGCCGGAGAGCCACUGGUCUUCGACGUCUGCUUGGAGGCGAGCCUUCAGGCCGAGGAGAAGCUGCCAGUGCUCCUCGCUCAGGCCUGGCACCCGGAGUUCGCAGCAGUCGAACGCACCACGGAGUUGCGGGCGAGGGCUUCGGCUUUUGGUCUGUCCGAAGAGGAGGUGAAAGCAGUGACCAAGGUGGUCAACGACCAUGCGAAGUCGGCGUGGGAAAAAAGUGCCAAGCAUUGGCGAUCCACGUCUAGCGGCCUGGAGUCGAUGAGGAAGGUCCUGCAGACCCAAGAGGAGGACAAAGCGAAAGCCAAGGAAGCAGCCGAAGAGGCCAAGCGGAAAGAGGACGAGGCCAACGACGAAGACCGGAAGCGAGCGAUGGAGGAGCUCGAGCGAAAGCGCGCAGAGAGAAGGCGAAAGGAGGAAGAGGCUGAAGCGAAACGGCUGGCGCGCAAGAAGCAACUGGAAGAGGAGAGGGCGAAGCGAGACCCCUGGCUCCUCUUUCCAGAGGUCGUGGCGGCCGAGAAGAAGGUCGAGGAACUGAAAGAACAGAGGCGAGAUGCCAAUGCCAAGCUGGAGUUUGACUUGUCGAACUCCCUGACGAAGGAAAUCUCCGCGGCAGAGCGAGCUCUGAAAUCCGCGAUCAAGAAAGCCAAGAAGGCCUACAAGAAAGGCGAAACUCCCAGCGCCACAGACGUCUCAAAGAAGGACGCAGGCGGCGAGGAAGCCGAGAAGGCCAAGGAUAAAACUAAAGAGCUGCAGGCGAAGCUGCAGGAUGUGAAGAAGAGGAAGGCGGAGGCAAGCAAGGUAUUCCCUCGCAGCCAUCACAAGCUUCAUGUCCGUCUAACUGUGGAAGUUGCUUCCUGUGUUUACUUAUGCGUGCUGCUGGAUUCAUUCUGCUCAAGCUUGCGCUUGUGUGACGAAUACUUUGGUAGCCGGCAGCCCGGGGCUCCACCAGGUAGAGGGCGGACAGAGAUUACACCGCAACGCAAGGCUCAAGAGGUGCGAAACACGUGA